CGGUGUGUGUUGCUCAGCAUAAAAUAGAUGGCGCUUCAAAUUUUAUGUAGACUCUCAGUUUUGGCCCAAGUGAGAGCGAAGUUUCACCCGACGACCUUCCGACUGACCUCCAGCGGCGGGCUAAAGGUGGAACACGACCGACAGAAUCGGCGCUUCACAGUUUCUCCGGCAGGCGGGACAGGAGCCAAUGAGACAGCAACGCUCCUCUACAGGUUCACGGCGCCAAACCAGGUGGAUCUCAUGUCCACCUUUGUCCCCGAGUCUUUCAGGGGUCAAGGUGUGGCGGCUCUGCUGUCAAAGGCUGCCAUUGACUUCCUGCUGGAGGAGAAGCUCCAGGCUCGAGUGUCCUGCUGGUACAUAAAGAAGUACAUGGAGGAACACCCUCGCCAGGACUAUAAAGAUGUUGUCAUCAGCUGAUACCAUGGUCUGGUUUAUCUUGGAUGAGACCCCUGGCCACACCUAUACAUGGGUGGUCAUCAAACACAGGAGACCCUCACGGUGCAAGGAAAUAAGACACGUCCACAGCAAGGUAACGCAUCUGUAGCGUGUACAAUGCGCUAGUACAUUUAAUAUCAGCUUUAGACACUUUAAUUGUAAUUGUAAUUUCUAGGCUAGACUCAGAAAAAUCCAGAUUUGGGCUCUGGGAGUGAGAUGGAAAAGAGGCGAGCACACAAUUUGCAGCAGUGGCGGUACCAUAUAUUACAAAGUGAAAAACCAGAACAAUACAAUUCACAACACUAAUUUACAAAUUUACAUUUCAAUGAGCUCAAUUUACAAAACAUUCAUCUCAUAUACUGAGAGUCCCAAAAACAUACAACAGUCCAAUGGCCCAGUACUGGAGUGUCCAGAGGUUCAGGAGUGGAGGAAAGGAGUGAAGUUUUUUAUGAAGGCCAAAGAGAGACAAAAAGUAAAAGGACGGCUGCAAAGCCUCCUACCAGCCGGGUCAGAGCAGAGCAGGUGGGUUCAGCUCGUCAGUUAUCUGGGCUUCCAACUUCCAGGCGUGUUGCCUCAAUGCAGGGUUCCUAGCUUGCCGUCAAAACCUGGCCUAUAUAAAAUAGGACCAGCAGACAUCAAUUAUGUGCACACAACCAUUCAAAUUACAUAUAUAAUACAAGUCGUAUCAUAACUUCAAUGUACAAUAUAUUAUCAUUUAUAAUAAAUAAUUGCACUUAUGGUAUUAUUCAUUAUAAUCAACUAGUAUUAAUCUUAUAAUCUAAUCAAUCGGGAGAACAGUGACAGACAAAAGGUGCUAGUAAACGGUGCUAAUGCCGUUUAGUAAUGAAAUGUCAACACUCACCAAUUCCAUAGGUGUGAUCGAACACUGCUCUUUUUAAGUUCAGCGUCGCGUCGGUGGACGGCCCCUAUAUCCCGACCACGUAUGGAAAAUGGUUAGACAGUUUCCAUUUGUAAACUUAAACAACGAACCUUUUAAAUACCUGCAGCGAUUCCAUGCGUCCCUCACCGCUACCGGUGUGUAGUCCCUUCCGGACUAUAUAUACGUCACUGAUUGGUGGCGCGCAGUCACGUGACUUGGUGAGACACCGUCACGUGACCUAAUGACGUUGCACCCCAAAACAUGGUAGGCACGCAAAUGUAAUUAUUUAUAUAUUAUUUAUUUUCUAUCUGGGUUACACAUCACAUAAGUCAACCUGCUACUGGUGUCUCAUCAACACCAACUAAGUGACAAACACAACUUCAACUGUUAUUUACCAUUACUGACAUUCGGGGGCCGCAGUUUGCACACCCCUGGCCUUCACGCACACAUUGUGCAUAUUUGUUGUGCAUCAACACACACACACAAAUAACACACAUACAAUGUACUGAAUCAUUUGAAAUGAAACGAAUUGUUGGAGGGUGCUUAUGUAAUUAGUUUUAUGAAAUAAAUUAUAAUUUCUCACUGUCUGGACCUGUUGUUUUGUCUCUAUAUCAAAGAUGAU